AUGGAUUUAAGAAAAUAUUUACGACUAAAUCAUAGUAAAUUAACGUGGAAAGGAAGAUUUGAAAUUAUUAAUAAUAUAGUCAAUGCACUUCAUGUUAUUCAUAGUGAGAAUGCAAUUCAUAGAGAUUUACAUUCCGGAAAUAUAUUAUGUUAUCAACAUAUUAAUUUUUGGACUAUCAGUGAUUUUGGGUUUUGUGGACCUGUUGAUAAACCAUUAAAUAGUAUAUAUGGAAAUCUUCCUUAUAUAGCUCCCGAAGUUAUUGUAAAAAUGAAGUAUUCUUUUGCGUCUGAUAUCUAUAGUAUUGGUAUGCUCAUGUGGGAAAUUUCAUCUGGACAACCACCUUAUGCUAAUAUUGAUCAUGAUUAUUAUCUUGCAAUGAAUAUAGUACAUGGGAUGAGGCCAAAACCAGUUCUAGGAAUUCCCUUAGAAUACAAAAUAUUAAUGGAACGAUGUUGGGAUGCUGACCCAGCAAAAAGGCCUGAUAUUAAUAAUUUUAGUCAUGAAAUUCACCAAAUAUUAAAAUCGUAUAAUCAAAAUGAAAAUAAUGAAUACAGCACAAAUAUUUAUAAUUCACAAUUAAAUCUUAGUAUAAGUCCUAGUUCCGGUUCUAUUAAUUCUUCGAUCAGGACCUACCUUAGUAAAACACAUAGUUUUAAAUAUUUACCUGAACCAAGAAAUGCUACUAAAGAACAAGAAGCCUAUUAUAGUUUACAAAAUGAUCUUAGUCUUCCAGACAGUAUGUAUACUGUAAAUAAUAUUUAAUUUCUUUUUUACAAAAUCCGCAUAGACGAUGCGGUCUUGCUAUAUUAUUCUGAUUUAUUAUAUGCAAUAUAAAAUAUUAAAAUAUUGCAAUAUAUUUGUAUAAAAU